AGCUCUUUUCGCAGCAAUUCGUCCGCCAUCAAAUACAAAAUGGCUGCCGUCAACCAGGUUUACAUCGCCGUCAUUGGCGCUGGUGGCGUCGGCAAAUGCUUCCUCAACCAGCUGCAAGGCCUCGCUUCUCGCAGGCCGUCUCCCAAGCUGAGCCUCUGCUACAUCUCGACAAGUCGCAAGGCUCUGUACAACGUCGACUACACCCCCGUGAGCAUCGAAGGCGUCACCGAAAGCCUCGCCGCCUCUACACAGGCACCUCCUCCUCUGCCGCAGGUGAUUGACUAUCUGGCCGCCGCCCCGGCAAAGGUGGUCUUGAUCGACAACACAAGUUCCCAGGAUGUUGCCGAUGCCUAUCCUCUGGCCUUGAGCCGAGGCCUCAGCAUCGUGACUCCCAACAAGAAAGCCUUUUCCGGCUCGUACAAGCUCUGGCAAGAUAUCUUCACAGCUGCAGCAACCUCGGGCGCCAAGGUGUACCACGAGUCGUCAGUCGGCGCUGGUUUGCCAGUUAUUUCCACAUUGAAGGAUCUGGUUGAGACUGGAGACAAGGUCACCAAGAUUGAGGGUGUCUUCAGUGGAACUAUGUCGUUCCUCUUCAAUUCCUUUGCGCCUACUGAGGGUCAGGGUGGCAAGUGGUCGGAGGAAGUGAAGAAGGCAAAGGCCCUCGGCUAUACCGAGCCGGAUCCGAGAGAUGACCUGAACGGCCUCGACGUUGCCCGUAAGCUGACUAUUUUGGCCCGCCUGGCAGGUCUGCCCGUCGAAUCGCCGACGUCUUUUCCUGUUCAGAGCCUUAUUCCAAAGGAGCUCGAGGCUUGUUCGAGCGGAGAUGAGUUUCUCGACAAGCUGCCCGCUUUCGACCAGCAGAUGGAAGACACCAAAGCUGCUGCGGAAAAGGCUGGAAAGGUUGUCCGAUUCGUUGGCAGCAUUGACGUCGCUACUCAGCAGGUCAAGGUUGGAUUGGAGCAAUUCGACCGCUCGCACCCCAUUGCCUCCCUCAAGGGCAGCGACAACAUCAUCAGCUUCUAUACUGAGCGCUAUGGUAGCAAUCCUUUGAUCAUUCAGGGCGCGGGUGCUGGCGGAGAGGUGACGGCUAUGGGUGUGACGGGAGACCUUAUCAAGGUGCUUUCGCAAAUCGCUUAG